AUGGCUUGUCUGAACAGUGGCCUGAAGAGAGAUGAGGCUAAUUCCCUUUAUGAGGACAAUAAACCUGCAGAUGGGACCCCGUACACAUGGUGGGUGGGUCGGGGCAGUGAGAAGCACUUCUACUGGGGGGGCUCAGGGCCUGGCAUCCAGAAAUGUGCCUGCGGCAUUGACAGGAACUGCACUGACCCCAAGUAUGACUGCAACUGUGACGCUGACCACAAACAAUGGAAAGAAGAUUCUGGUCUCUUGAUAUAUAAAGAACACCUGCCAGUCAGCCAGGUUGCCGUGGGUGACACCAACAGACCAGGCUCUGAGGCCAAGCUCACUGUUGGACCACUCCGUUGCCAAGGAGAUAAUAACUACUGGAACGCUGCAUCAUUCACCACCCCAUCGUCCUACCUACACUUUGCCACCUUCCAGGGUGAGACCAGUGCCGACAUCUCCUUCUAUUUCAAGACCAGCGCACCCUACGGCGUUUUUCUGGAAAACCUGGGCAACACUGACUUCAUUCGCCUGGAGCUCAAAUCUCCUAAAGUCGUCUCCUUCUCCUUUGACGUUGGAAACGGACCUGUGGAGUUAACGGUACAUUCGGCUACACCCCUCAACGAUGACCAGUGGCAUCGUGUGAUGGCUGAACGAAAUGUCAAAGAGGCAGUCCUACAGUUGGAUCAGACAUACAGGACAUCUCGGCUUGCUCCUGCACAGGGGCACACACGGCUAGAGCUGUUCAGCCAGCUCUACGUGGGUGCUGCAGGGGGGCAGAGGGGGUUCCUGGGCUGUAUCCGAGCCCUACGGAUGAACGGCAUCACCCUCGACCUGGAAGAGAGGGCCAAGGUCACGCCUGGGGUCAAGCCCGGUUGCCAAGGCCACUGUACCAGUUUUGGGAUGUACUGCCGGAACGGAGGGAAGUGCGUGGAGAAGUAUAAUGGCUACUUGUGUGACUGCACCACCACUGCCUAUGAUGGCCCGUUCUGCAACAGAGAUGUUGGGGGUUUCUUUGAGGCAGGAACCUUGGUCAAGUACAACUUCAUGCCCGAAGCGGUUGCAGGAGCCAGUAGGGACGCAAAGAUCCUGAUGAAUGAGCUGACGCCACAUGAAGUGAAUCUAACAAAGGAGGAAGUGGCCUUUAGUUUCAGCACAUCCAAUGCUCCUGCUAUUCUGAUGUAUGUCAGCUCCAAAACACAGGACUAUCUGGCUGUUGUUUUAAGGCAGAACGGUUCACUACAGGUGCGGUAUAACCUGGGAGGUCUGAAGGAGCCAUUUGCUAUAGAUGUGGACCAGCGUAACCUGGCCAACGGACAGCCACAUAGCAUUAACAUGUCUCGUGUCGACAGAAGCAUCACCAUCCAGUUCACCACUCCCCAUGUGGCCAGGCUGUACUCUAAAUAA